UGAAUAGCGCUCGCUCAGGUAAUGUCCUCUUACUGUAUAUAAAUAAGCCAGAAUCAGAAACUUCCAAGUGUGCGUCCACAUCGAGAUUACCAACUGUGCCUUUAAUUCCAACAUAUUUAUUGAAGAACUGAAUAUUUAUAUAGGUAAGUAUAUUUUUUCGCCCUGUUUGUAAUAAAUAGUCGUUUGCUUAAUGCAAAAAUAACAAAAAUACAAAAGAGGUGAACUGUUUUAAACAUAAUACUAUGAAUAACUAGGAAAAACUAAAUAAAAUAAAAAUAAAAUACUAUCUAAUUUAUGAAAAAAAAGAAAAAUAAAAUAAAAAAGUUUAACUGCACUAAACCUAAUUAAAUCUAAUGUUAUGAAUAAUGGUUAAAUAAUAAAUAAAUAAAUAAUGAAUUUAAUUACAAAAAAACAAAAAACAAACAAACAAAAAAAAACACUAAAACCAAGCCCACAAGUAAACUGCAUUAAACCUAUGUAAUGUUAUAAAUAAUGAGAAAUGGAAAAAAGUGAACAGGAUGAAACCUAUCUGAUCCAAAAUGUUUACAUUUACUCCUCCUCUUAUUGUAUAAUCAAAGUAAAAAAUCUGUAUGAAGCAGGAUUGACAUUAAACUUGGACAUCCUAUCUAACAGCUUCAGCUGAAAUAGAACUGCAACAAUCCAUCUAUUAUUGUUACUACUGUAAAGUGUGUGAAACCUUAUUUAUUAUUAGGGAUAAUAUUAAUUGUAAAGUGGGACACAUAAAUAAAUAUUGCAUUUUGUCACUAUUUUUAAAACCAUCAUCCCAAUAAUCCGCUUUGUAAAAGAUUUCCCGUACACUAUUUAAAAGCACAAAUCAAGAAAUACCAAACAUGGGUAGCUUCUUAGAACCUUUGUUUAUCACACCCUGUACGAUUUCAUGUUAUUUCUGUUAAAGUUAGCAGCGCAGUGGUGCAGUGAGUAACAUUACCACCUCGCAGGUCCAGGUUCAAUCCUGAGCUCGGGUUACUGUCUGUUUCGCAUUUUCGCCCUGUGUUCUCAUGAGUUUCCUCUGGGUUCUCCGGUUUCCUCAGACUGUCCAAAAACACAGAUAAUAACUGUGUGAAUGUGUUCCUGUUGUGUUCCCACUGGUAUCCCAUCUGGGGUGAAUUCUCUCACCUUGCAUUCAGUGUUCCUGGUAACUGCUAAUAUUUAUUGAACAUAUUUUACCAUUAUUUAUUUGGCUUGUAAUAUGUACGAAUCUUUUAUUAUACAGCACAGGUGUUAACUUUGAUAGUUUUGAAAACUAGGAGAAAAAAAAACUUCCCAAUGAUUCCUGCUGAAAAAAAAUAGGAACUCUUAUAGAAAUUGCAAUGGUCGUAAUGGUUAUAAUUGGAAAUGGGAAUUGUACUGGUUGUAAUGGAAACUGUAAUGGUCCCUAUGGGUCUCUACUGGUAAUUUGUUGCCUUUUAUUGAUAGCAUGUAAUGUCUAGUGCAGUGGUUUUCAAAGUGGGGGCCGCCAGGGGGCGCCCGGGGGGUCUCAACAAUUUGGUGUGAAAAAUAAAUAAAUGUAUGUUUUAUCGUUCUCACUCACUCACUCACACACACACACACACACACACACACAAAAUCAAUUCCUAACCUAAUGUAAAGAUGUAAGAUGUAAUUAUUAAUAAAAAAGGGGGAUAUAUUCAGAAGUCUGUAUUUUUAAUGUGUUUUAAAGACAUCUUGCAAAAGGGUGGCCUUGGUCAAAUUUUAAUGCCAUUUGGGGGGCCUUGCCCUGGAAAAGUUUGGGAACCACUGGUCUAGUGGACAACACUGAGAACCUAUAAUGGUAAUUGUAUUUGUUUUAAUGGCAACUGUAAUGGACCCUGUGGGUCUCUACUAGUAAUUUGUUGGCUUCUAUUGGUGGCAUGUUAUGUCUAUUAUGUCUAGUGGAUACCCGUAAGGACCUACGCGGUUUUAAUGGUUAACCGCUCAUGACUUUUAGUGGUAUUUGUAGUGGAAACCAUUAGAAUGUCUGUAAUAGUUUCUAUUGUUGUUGUUUUUCAGCAGGGAUAAACUCGGUAAAGAAUUUCGAUAUUAGAAUGUUUCGUUAUUAACAAUAAGCGUGGAUAAACUGAAUGAUAAAUAAUUAAUCGGGACUGUAUUUGAAACACAACGUAACCAUAGCACGCUGGAAAGCGUCUCUGACUGCUAAACCGGAAGUCGGUCCGUCCGCUAUUGUUGUCCGGCUUCACGAUCACAUGGAAGAACUGACCUUAUGAUCUUCGGGAAGGGGCAGAAACUCCUCUCUUUCUGACAUUGAAUUUUCGUGUUAUAUGUUUGUAAGGUUGAUCUGCUGCUCAUCCAAAGUUUCUUCCGAUCACAAUGCCUGGUUCUGUCCCUACGAGCUAUUCAGACACUUGGCCCAAAGAUGUGGGCAUCAUUGCUAUGGAGGUCUACAUUCCCUCCCAGUAUGUAGACCAGGCGGAACUGGAGGAGUUUGAUGAUGUUGGAGCAGGGAAGUACACCAUCGGUCUUGGGCAAGCGCGAAUGGGUUUCUGCUCAGACCGGGAGGACAUUAACUCGCUGUGUCUGACCGUGGUGCAGCGGCUUAUGGAGAGAAACUGCUUGUCGUACGACAGCGUGGGAAGACUCGAGGUGGGCACAGAGACCAUCAUCGACAAGUCGAAGUCGGUGAAGACGGUAUUAAUGCAGCUGUUUGAGGAAUCCGGAAAUACAGACGUGGAGGGAAUCGACACCACUAACGCAUGCUACGGAGGCACCGCUGCUCUUUUCAACGCUGUCAACUGGGUGGAGUCCAGCUCCUGGGACGGUCGCUACGCUCUGGUUGUGGCUGGAGAUAUCGCGGUGUAUGCAACAGGCAGUGCCAGGCCUACAGGAGGCGCUGGAGCAGUGGCCAUGUUGGUAGGGCCUAAUGCACCUCUGGCAUUUGAUAGAGGCCUACGAGGGACCCAUAUGCAGCACGCGUAUGAUUUCUAUAAGCCUGAUAUGGUGUCAGAGUAUCCCGUAGUUGAUGGCAAGCUCUCCAUCCAGUGCUACCUCAGUGCAUUGGACAGAUGUUACUCUGUCUACCGCAAUAAAAUUCAAGCCCAAUGGCAAAGAGAGGGCCUUGAGAGACGUUUCAGUCUGAAAGACUUUGGCUACAUGGUCUUCCAUUCUCCCUAUUGUAAACUGGUUCAGAAGUCUCUGGCUCGACUCCUGCUCAACGACUUCCUGUCUCAUCCCAACCCCGACAUGGAGAGUGGGCCUUUCAGCGGCCUGGAGGCCUUCAGGGAUGUGAAGGCUGAGGACACGUAUUUUGACCGUGAUGUGGAGAAGGCCUUCAUGAAAGCCAGCGCAGAGAUGUUUGAGCAGAAAACCAAGGCCUCCCUGCUCAUAUCCAACCAGAAUGGCAACAUGUACACACCAUCUGUGUAUGGUUGUCUGGCUUCCAUUCUAGCACAAUUUACACCUCAGGAGUUGGCAGGUCAGAGAAUUGGCUUGUUCUCAUACGGAUCAGGCUUCGCUGCCACACUCUACUCGAUCAGAGUGACACAAGAUGCUACACCUGGUGAGUGUAUACAUGUAUUCACAGCACACACAACUUUAUGGAGAUGCCUUGACGUCACAAGUCAUGUAAACGUGUGUGUUUUAUCCCAAGGCUCUACACUAGAUAAACUGGUUUCCAGUCUGUCAGAUCUGCAGGCCCGACUGGACUCUAGGAAGAAGGUUCCACCUGCUGUCUUUGCAGACAACAUGAAGCUUAGAGAGGAGACCCAUCACUUGGCAAACUACGUCCCCCAGGGUUCAGUGGACGAGUUGUUCCCAGGCACAUGGUAUCUAACGCGUGUGGAUGAGAAACACCGCAGAUAUUACACUAGACGUUCCCUGGAUGAACACGGACCUCUGGAGGCAGGACUUCUUAAUUCCGUGACCGCAUCCGAGCACAUCCCCAGCCCGGUGAAGAAGAUGCCCCGCAUCCCAGCCACUACUGCUGUCCCUGAGGCAGUCACUAUUACUAAUGGGGAACAUUGACGUUAACCUCAGUGAGGUUAUUCAUACUGUAGGUGACAAUAAGGACACGUGAUCCGGGCGAAAACGAAAAGAGGUCAAGGCAGGGCUUUCUGUCUUGGUCUUGAGACAUUUCUGAACAAGGAUAGAUUUUUAAAUAUUCCUGGAUAGGAUUGGUUAUUCUGUCAGUUUAAGCUGUUCUUAUAUACACGUUGGUGAGGUAAGAGAAUGGUGGAAAGUGGGUGGUACCAUCAUGACAAAUAACAACAUAUUUUUUUCAAAGUAACGAGCACAAUGUGGCAAAGUGUACAUGACUGCUGCUCAGAACCCACAAUCUAUGCACAGACAAAGGGGAAUGUUGUUUUUUUUUUUUUUUUUUUGGGGGGGGGUUUCCCCCUCAAAUAAUCCUCAGUCUGAUUUCACAUCAGGUUUCUUUUUAGGAUCUUUUGUUUGCAUUGGAAAUUAGUGGAAAUGUUUUGAGGAAGAGAUAAUAAGAAAAUCAGGCCCAGCUGUGUAAGGGUGGGAGUAAAGGGAUGUUGACCUUUUUUUUUUUUUUUUACAUUUUUUUUUUUUUUCUUCCUCAUGCUGUUUUUCAGUAAGCGGUGCUGCUGCUUUUUUACCCCCACAUUUCUGACAUUUUCUUUAAAUUUGGAAGCAUGUGUAAAUAUCAUGUCUUGUUCUGGUUUUUGUGCUUUUUAAUAAUUAUAUUACUAGUCCAUAAGUGUAGUCCGUUGUGUGUCACCAUGACCAUUGUCGUAUCAGCACAGCUGAGUCAACUGAAAAUUCUCCUUAAUUUUCUCUGCAAUUAUAGUCCUCGCCACCUGCUAUCUUGAACUCUCCCUUUAUUAAAUGGUUGCUACCAACCUGGAGGCUGCUUCCUGUCACCACAUCUUUCUCUCUGGGUAGUUGAAUGUGCGUGUAAGAGCACACCAACCCAAUAAGAGCAUGGCCUGUUGUGGCUGUUGGUGCAUGUGGAACUGUUGAUCCAGCGUUGUAUCCAGUGACACAUCCUUUAUAUCUUACUGCACCAUUUGAGAGCCACCUUUUAAUCAGUUAACGUGAUGUUAAAGAUUCUGCGAUGUGCAUUCUCAAUUACAGUCAUGGUCAGUUUUGCAGCAAGAUAGUGAUAUGUAACCAACAACUAAAAAAAUACCAACACUAGGUAGUGUUCUGUUAUUAACGGAGAUAAAAUUAGCCCAUGAGCUUGGCUGGAUCUGUAAAACUGAGGAUAAAUGCAGUUCAGAAUGAAGUUAAGGUAUUGUAUAAUUAUUGAUCACCAGAGUAUAAGUGAAAGUAAUAUUAGUUGUUUAAUAGAUGUAACUGCACUUUUUGUUUUUGGUUUUUAAAACAAUUGGGACCACUAAAGCAGGGAAGGAUUAAAGGAAAGACAGAUGCACUCACUAUCUAUAAAUCAGGCUCAUUGAAGCUGUUGACACAGUGAUGAUCGGAACUCUUGAGAAAUUCACAUACUUUUUGUUUUUAAUGUGUUCUGGUUGUGUGUAGUCUUUCAUUCUGUCUGUUCUUGAGCCCCCUUGCCGUUGGUUGUGCCAAAUUUAAAAAGCUUACAAAAUAUCAUUUGCCGCAUAUUGUGUCUGGGAUCAUUCUGAUACUGCAGGCAGGUUUUUAUUUGAUGAAACUGGAUGUAAAAGCAGAACUUGUUUUCACCAUACACUUGGGACUGACGGAUAAUGUCAUAAUGCAGUUUCAAUACAAGUAAAUAAAUAACAUUAACCUUUCGAACAAGAGUUCAGCUGUCAAUGACCUGGAGUCCAAGAGAGUUAAACUGCACUGUAGAACAUAAAAUCUAGGGUUAUUAGUGCACCCUAGUGCUUUACUGUAUCAUUUGGUGUCUUUUAAAGCAGCAUCACAUUCAUGAAUGCAGUUUCUCUGUAGAGCAUUUAACGAGACCUUAUCAGCAUGAUUUAAAUGUGUUGUUUUUUUUGUUUGUUUUUUAAAAAAAAAUAAUAUACACACACGCACACGGGUAACUCUGUGGAAGUUUAAUAGUGGCUGAUGGUAAUCAGGCCCUAGCUUACAAAACAGUGGUGUCGGUUUCCUCUUUCCCAAUGAGCAAUGUGUAUAAAGAGCUUAAUUUGCUCAGUUAUAAUAAAUAUUAAAUAUAAAUGCCAGUGCCUCAGACUGGUUAGAAUCACUUGUAGACAUUUUCAUUUCAUUGAGGAGAUUUUUCUGUAUGGGAUUUGUUUGAUGUCAUUCAAUGUUUUUAAAGAAACACAAUUAAACCUGAAUAAUGUAAUGAAUAGCUAUAUAUACUCUCUUAAAGAAACGGGUGCUAAACUGUACCUUUUCCUGUUGUGGUGGUACACUUAUCUUUUGUACCUUUUUAAUAUAUAUCUUGUACCUGCAAAUUGUACCUUUUUAAAAGUUUAUUUUUCUUUAUUGUACCUAUAGAAAAAAGAUUUAAGGUACAUUAUUUAAGUGAUAAAGCUUUAAAGGUAUACGAUAUACAUCUUUCUAGGUAACAGAUAUAUAUACUAAAGGUACAAAAAGGUGUACGCAAAGAAUAGUGCAGUGUAGUAUUUUUUUUUCUUUCUGAGAGUAUGUAUGUA